AUGGAGAACUUCAAAGAAUUAAAGGAGUGGCAGACCUCGGGCCAGGGCCAUGCCGAGUCCGAGGACGGCGCCAUGUUUUGGCCUCGUGUAAUACGGGUGCUUCCGAAAGAUGCGUACAAGGAGUCGCGUACACCCGACGUCAAACGAUUUGGAUUAUUAUUCUUCCUCCUAAAUGUCAUAUACACCCUGUCAGUUCACGAGAAAAAUGAAACCAAAUCAGGAAGACAACGGAGGAUUGUUGGAGGUGAAAUCGCUCGUGAUAAAGAAUUUCCUUAUAUGGUAGCAUUGUUCAGAAAAAUACAUAACAUUGACGACUUUCGUGCGGGUUCUACAUUAAUAUCAACACAAACAAUACUUACAACAGCGCAUUGUAUAGUCGGUGUUGAUAUUCGAGAUUUAUUUGGAAGAGUCGGUAACGUUAAUAAAAACCUGGGAAAUAAAAUAUUGUUUGAUAGAAAAAUUUUGCACCCAUCCUUUAAUGGAACACAAUAUCUUUAUGAUAUCGCCGUUUUGCUUCUUAAUAAACCUAUCGAACUUUCACCAAAUAUUCAACCAGCAGCUUUAGCCGCAGUUGGUCUACGAUUUACUUCUGGUUAUGCCGUUUUUGUCGGUUGGGGUGACAUUGAAACAACAUUAUAUUAA